UGAAGAGUGCAGCGCUGAAUCUUGCCACUCUAACCCCCCGCCCCAAUCUCGGCAAAAAACAAAAGUCACUGCCCACCCGCCAGAAUGCGCCUCGUACUCUCGUGCAGGAGACAUUCCGGCGCCGCUGCGUCCCGGCCCCUGCUCACAGCGGCCACCAGCCGGCACAACGCAGCAAACACGUUUGCCGCGGCGGCUACUUCAACGUCGUCCUCAAGUUCGCGAAGUAGCAGACAGCCUAGCAGAGCACGUUUUUUCUCCACCACCAGCAGCUCCAACAAAGUCUACAAUACCGCCGACGAAGCGGUGAAGGAUAUCCAGGACGGACAAACGUUGCUGGUCGGCGGGUUUGGGCUUUGCGGGAUACCAGAAAACCUCAUCACCGCGGUGCAGAAGACAAACGUGAAGGAUUUGACCUGCGUGAGUAACAACUGCGGAGUGGACGAUUUUGGGUUGGGUGUUCUGCUGCAGACUAGGCAGAUCAAAAAAAUGAUCAGUUCGUACGUCGGGGAAAAUAAAAAUUUCGAAAAGCAGUACUUCAACGGCGAGCUGGAAGUGCAGUUGACGCCGCAAGGGACGCUGGCGGAGAAGAUCCGGGCGGCCGGGGCGGGCAUACCCGCGUUCUUCACUCCGACGGGGGUGGGGACCAUUAUGCAGGAAGGAGGGUACUUACUAAGGAGAGGGAAAUCUUCGAAAUCUGUCGAAUUGAUACUGUUGUCACUUCGUUCUGGCAUUGUUGAUGGUCGCGCACCACAGCUCGUCGUUCUCGUUUCUCAGUAUUAGUUGAUAAUUUAUUUGAUCAAACAAACGAUAGCCACAACAUUCCCAGGUUUCCCAUCCGCCAGAAGUCCGAUUCCAAUACCGAGAUCCUCAGUGGCAAGCUCGAAUCCCGGACUUUCGACGGAAAAGAGUACGUCAUGGAGCUCUCUCUACCGGGGGACUUCGCGUUGAUUAAGGGCUACAAGGCGGACAUGCUGGGAAACGUGAUUUUCCGGAGCACGGCGAACAACUUCAACGGAAUCAUGGCAGCGGCGGGGAAAACCUGCAUCGUCGAGGUGGAAGAGAUCGUCGAGACCGGGACGUUUUCCUGCGACGAAAUACACCUCCCCUCGAUCCACGUGGACCGCCUGGUUCUGGGUGGGACUAAUUACGAAAAACGAAUCGAGAAGACGGUGUUGGCCGACCCGGGAGAUGGGUCAGAGAAGAAGCUGAAGCCGGAGAGGGAAAGGAUUGGGAGGAGAGCUGCGCUGGAAUUUAGGGAUGGAAUGUACUACAUCUUCAGUCUUGAGUUUCUGCUUCAUCAUUUUGAUGAGGGCAAUUAAUUUGCCUUGAUUCAGGGACGACGUGAUGAACUUUUGAUGCUGCAGCGCAGCAUGCGCCAUGUGAGGACCUCGAGUUACAUAAAAGGUGUGCGCACCAGUGAGAGAUCUCUGCACUGGCAGCUCCUGUCAAAACAAACCUUUCCCCACAGGUACGCCAACCUUGGCAUCGGUAUUCCCACCCUCGCGGCGAAUUUCGCGCCGAAAGACGUCAACAUCGUUCUCCACAGCGAAAACGGAUUGCUCGGGAUCGGUCCCUACCCCAAAUCCACUACCGAAGUCGACCCGGACAUCAUCAACGCGGGCAAGGAAACCAUCACGAUGAUCCCCGGCGCCGCUGCCUUCGACUCGGCGGCGAGUUUCGCGAUGGUCCGGGGUGGGCAUGUGGACAUCACGAUGCUGGGGGCGUUGGAAGUCUCCCAAUUUGGGGACUUGGCGAACUGGAUCAUUCCCGGAAAAAUGAUGAAGGGCAUGGGUGGUGCGAUGGAUCUAGUCGGGUCCGGCGGGAAGACGAAAGUGGUGGUUACCAUGGAACACACCGCGAAGGGAAACAAGCCGAAAAUUCUGGAGAAGUGCACCUUGCCGUUGACGGGCAAAACGUGCGUGAAUUUGAUCAUCACGGAGAUGUGCGUGCUGGAGGUGGAUAGUGAGAAAGGGUUGGUUUUAACCGAAAUCGCUGACGGAUACAGUGUGGAAGAUGUGAAGGCGGCAACCGGAGCGCCGGUCAAGGUGUCGGACGCGUUACAGCCCAUGCGGCAGGCGUAG